AUGGUUCAGUUCAAAGAAUUUGCAGUGGAACAAUGGAUGGACAAGUAUGAACUUCAGGCCCAGUACAAUGUUGCGGAGACUUGCUGCGCCUCUAUUUCUGUGAACGACCUCCAGGAAAUCUCCGAAGACAAAUCUACCAGUCCUUUGGAUCUCUCCUCGAAGCUGACCUACGGAGCCAUUCGGGGGUCGGAGCGCCUUCGGAGUACCUUGGCCAACCUCUACUCGGUCAAAACCCCCACGCCGCUGCCACAGGAUAAUGUCUUGAUUACCACCGGGGCCAUUCAUGCUAAUUUCCUCUUGCUUUACUCGUUGGUUGGACCCGGGGACCAUGUCAUCUGUCAUUACCCCACAUACCAGCAGCUCUAUUCGGUCCCAGAAUCGCUUGGCGCGGAAGUGAGUCUGUGGAAGUCCAAGGAGAAGGAUGGGUGGAAAUUGGAUAUCGAGGAGUUGAAGACACUCAUCCGACCUAACACCAAAUUAAUCAUUCUCAACAAUCCCCAGAACCCGACCGGAGCCGUCAUACCGCAAGCCACACUGGAGGAGAUUGUUAAGAUUGCCCGAAGCUCCUCGAUCUACAUCCAUGCCGACGAAGUCUACCGGCCUAUUUUCCACUCCAUUACGCCGAUGGACGCGGACUUUCCGUCAUCCCUCUUGUCCCUGGGGUAUGAACGCACAAUUGUAACGGGAUCGCUGUCGAAGGCAUACAGUCUGGCGGGGAUCCGGGUCGGAUGGAUUGCGUCGCGCGAUCGCUCGGUGAUUGAAACCUGCGCGGCUGCUCGAGACUACACCACGAUCUCCGUGAGUCAACUGGACGAUGCGGUUGCAAGCUAUGCCUUGGCGCCCGCCUGCCUCCACGGACUGUUAAAACGAAACAUCGAAUUAGCGAAGACAAACCUGGCGAUCCUGGAGACAUUUAUCGAGUCGCAUCGGUGGGCAUGUGAAUGGGUCAAACCACGCGCGGGCACGACGGCAUUUGUGCGGUUCAACAAGAUGGGAAAACCCGUAGAUGAUGUCGCCUUCUGCGAGACGCUCCUGCAACGGACUGGGGUGAUGUUUGUUCCGGGCAGCCUUUGCUUUGGCGAAGGAGAGGACUUCCACGGCUACGUGCGCAUCGGAUUUGUGCAGGAGACCGAGGUGUUGAAGAAGGGAUUGGAGGCGCUUGCCUCGUUUAUGGACGAGGGAUACGACGAGGUGCCGGUGGUGAGGAAGAAACCCUUAAUGGUGGCUUCGUCCGAAUAA